AAGAACUCACCUUCACUGUUUGGGAUAGCAAUAUUGUAGUAUCUUCAGAUUUAGGAAUGAAUUCUAUGACAGAAACUACCAUACCUGCCUUUCAGAGAAAAUCAACCAUUCUCCAACCAAAUAAACCUCGAGAAUGA